UUGACAUCUUUAGCUCGCUCAUCGCUCACCAUCCCCCCAUUUACAUCGCCAUGGCUCCUCUCGACGCGCCAGAGGGUGUUACCCGCCCCAUCGUCUUCUUCGACGUCAACAUUGGAGAUCAUCCCGCCGGGCGCAUCAAGAUGGAGCUGUUCAGUGACAUUACGCCCAAAACCGCGGAGAACUUCCGACAGCUGUGUACUGGCGAGCACAGAGUCAACUCUGUGCCGCAGGGCUACAAGAACGCGACAUUUCACCGCAUUCCCCAGUUCAUGAUUCAAGGGGGCGACUUCAUCCGCCACGACGGCACCGGCACGUUCUCCAUCUACGGCGCCCAGUUUGAGGAUGAAAACUUCAUCGUCAAGCACACUGGACCGGGGCUACUCUCCAUGGCCAACUCUGGGCCAGGGACUAAUGGUUGCCAGUUCUUCAUCACGACCGCGCCCGCCGACUUCCUUGACGGCAAGCACUGCGUGUUUGGACGCGUCAUCGACGGGUUGCUUACCGUGCGCAAGAUUGAGAACGUUCCCACGGGGGCGCAGAACAAGCCCAAGAUGACAGUCCGCAUCACCGAAUGCGGUGAGAUGUAGCCUUGGACGUGCGAUGUGCCAGUAUGCAGUUAAUAGUACAUUU